AGAAAAAAUGGAUGACAAAUUUUUAACGUUCCAGAAGUAUCCCUGUACGUCAAUAUCGUUUUUGAAGCUCGUUUUUGAAGCAAGAGCACGAUUCAUAGUCCUCCUCGCUAAACCUAAUACGUCCGAUCCCUCGCAGACCAUUCAAUUCCAUCAACAUGUCACAGGAUGAAAUAGCGAGGAAUGCGAUAAAGCACGCAUUGAAGGCACUGCGGAAGCGGCAUUUGCUUGAAGAAGGUGCUCAUGCUCCGGCUUUUAUUGCUCUGUCCAAGCCUAUCCUUUCUCAGGGAUCAGAAUGGAAAGAGAAAGCGGAAAAUCUAGAAUUGGAGCUCCAGCAAUGUUACAAAGCUCAAUCUCGUUUAUCCGAGCAACUUGUGGUGGAAGUGGCUGAGUCCAGAUCUUCUAAGGCCUUACUUCAAGAGAAAGAAGCAGCAAUAUCUGAUCUGCAAGAGAAGUUAACUCAAACAAGGGAUGAAUGCUAUGAAUUAAAGGCAGACUUAGAAGAAAAGUUUAAAGCUUUGGAUUUGGUUCUAAGCGAGAACAAGGAAAUUAGAGCACAACUAGAAGAGAUUACUAUUAAGGCGAAGAAUGCUGAAGCUGAAAAUAAGAUGUUAGUUGAUCGCUGGAUGUUGGAAAAGAUGAAGGAUGCUGAACGGCUUAAUGAGGCAAAUGCACUUUAUGAAGAAAUGGUUGAACGGCUUAAGGCAAGCGGUUUAGAAAAACUUGCCAGGCAGCAAGUGGAUGGUGUGGUCCGUAGAAGUGAAGACGGUGCAGAGUACUUUAUGGAAUCAUAUGUUCCCUCUCAAUGUAAACAUAGGAUCCAUGCCCAUGAGGGGGGAUGUGCUUCCAUAUUGUUUGAGUAUAAUUCUGGCAAAUUGAUAACUGGUGGACAGGACCGGACCAUCAAAACGUGGGAUGCUAAUACUGGCAAUUUAAGUCGGACACUAUACGGUUGCCUUGGUUCUGUUCUUGAUCUUAGCAUUACCCAUGAUAAUAAAUGGAUCAUUGCAGCUAGCAGUUCAAACAACUUAUAUGUCUGGGAUGUCAACUCAGGGAGGGUUCAUCAUACAUUGACAGGGCACAAGGAUAAAGUCUGUGCUGUGGAUGUAAGCAGAGUCUCAAGUCGCCAUGUUGUGAGUGCAGCUUAUGAUCGUUCCAUAAAAGUAUGGGAUUUGCAAAAAGGUUACUGCAUCAACACAAUCAUAUUUUACAGCCAUUGCAAUACCCUGUGCUUCAGUAUGGAUGGACGAACCAUAUGUUCUGGUCAUGCUGAUGGAAAUCUUCGUCUGUGGGAUAUUCAAACAGGAAAGUUACUCAGUGAGGUAGCUGCACACUCAUCUGCAGUUACAUCCAUCUCUUUGUCUCGAAAUGGUAAUGCAGUAUUAACCAGUGGGAAGGACAACAUACAUAAUAUAUUUGAUAUGCGGUCGUUGGAAGUAUGUGCCACCCUAAGAGCCGCUGGAAACAGAGCAUCGUCUAAUUGGAGCCGGUCCUGUCUCAGUCCAGAUGACAACUAUGUUGCUGCCGGAUCUGCGGAUGGAACUGUAUAUAUUUGGUCAAUAUCUAAAGCUGAUAUAGUGGGUACUCUCAAGGAGCACACUGCCUCUGUGCUGUGUUGUUCAUGGAGUGGCCUUGGAAAACCUUUAGCUUCUGCUGACAAGAAUGGAAUCGUAUGUACCUGGGCGUGAUGGGUGAAUGUGAUUAUCUUAUAUUUGCAACAAAGUCCAGGUGAUGGUUAAUACAAGGUUUAUUUACACACACAAUGUAUACAUGUUAAAAAUUAGGCCUUUUGUAGAUAUUGAUUUAUCUCAAACUGUACUAUGUGUACAUACUCUCUAAUUCUUCUGUCUUCAUUUUUUUUUUUUUUUUCACGUAAUAAAAAUUUGUUCACACUUUCUUUCCCCAUA